AUUUUUAUAUUAUAACAUAUAGACGCUUUCAAUUGAGGCAAAAAUAACAAAUGAACAUACUUCAAUUCAAAACAUUUCAACUUCGCUCGUCUUCAACAAUAACAGGACGUCAACAUUUUUGGAAUUCAGCUAUAUCAUUUGCUGCUGUCAAGAGAACAAACCCAUAUACAAAGACCCUUCUUUUACCAAAGACUAAUUUUCCUUUAAGGGCAGAAGCAUCAAAAAGAGAGCACCUAUUUAGAGAUAGAUGUACAAAGGAUUUAUAUCCUUGGCAGGUUACUAAAAAUAAUCCAAAAGAUUUAUUUGUUCUUCAUGACGGUCCUCCAUAUGCAAAUGGAAACGUACAUUCUGGUCAUGCCAUGAAUAAGAUUUUGAAAGAUAUCAUAAAUCGCUACAAGAUGCUUCAGGGACAUAAAAUUUUUUAUCGUCCUGGUUGGGAUUGUCAUGGAUUACCUAUUGAGUUAAAAGCUCUAGAACAGAUUCGAAAGGAAGGGAAGGAAGAACUUUUGUCUCCACGAGAAAUUCGUAAACUAGCAAAAAAGAAAGCUCUCACUGAAGUUAAUAAACAAAUGGCAAGCUUUAAGAGUUGGGGCAUAAUGGCUGAUUGGGAUAAUCCCUAUUUGACCCUAACAAAUGAUUACGAGAUGCGCCAGUUACGUGUCUUGACAGAAAUGAUCAAACAUGGUCAUAUUUAUCGACAAUUGAAACCUGUUUAUUGGUCACCAUCAUCAAGAACCGCAUUAGCUGAAUCAGAGCUUGAGUAUAACGACAAUCAUAUCUCUAAAUCCAUUCAUGUUCGAUUUCCUGUAAAAAAAUUGUCAUCAGCGUUAAAGGACUGGAAUUUAGGAGAUGUAUAUGCUUUAAUUUGGACAACAACACCUUGGACUAUUCCAGCUAAUAAGGCUAUUUCAGUUCAUCCUCAAUUAAAGUAUUCAUUGGUGGAAGUACAAGAUAAAGUGUACUAUAUUAUUGGUAGUGAUCGUGUAGAGGCAUUUAAGCAGGAAACAAACAUGGAAACUAUUAAGGUAUUGGAUGAAGUACUUGGUAAAGACUUAUUAGGGUCAGUUUAUCAGCAUCCUUUAAACCAACAAAUAAUGCCAAUUAUUGGUGGCGAACAUGUCACUGCUGAGUCUGGUACAGGGUUAGUACAUACUGCUCCUGACCAUGGUAUGGAGGAUUAUGAAGUUAGUCUUCAACAUGGAAUCAAACCAUUUGGUCCAGUCGAUGAUUGCGGAAAGUUUACAAAGGAGGCUGGUUUAGGACUUGAAGGCAAAGUAGCAUUUACUGAAGGUAUUAAUGCUAUUUUAGAUAUGCUUAAAAGAGAGUCUGCAUUGGUUUCAGCACGUGAUUAUACACAUAAAUAUCCCUAUGAUUGGCGUACAAAGCAACCCAUCAUGUUACGUGCUACUGCUCAAUGGUUUGCUAAUGUUGAGCAUCUCCAACAAGAAGCUGUAGAAAAUUUAAAGCAAGUACGAAUGGUUCCUGAAGUUUCUAUCAAACGUUUAGAACAAUUUACUCUUUCAAGAAAGGAAUGGUGUAUAUCAAGACAAAGGUCAUGGGGUGUUCCUAUCCCUGCCCUCUAUGAUGAACAUGGUGAAGCAUUAUUAACAGAAAGAUCAGUUGAAUAUAUCAUUCAAAUCCUUCAAGAACGGGGUACAGAUGCAUGGUGGGAAGAACCUGAUGAUAUGGUCUUUGUUGCUCCAGAAUAUCGCAACAAAACCUACAAACGAGGUUAUGAUACUAUGGAUGUUUGGUUUGAUAGUGGUACUUCAUGGACCUUACUCGAACAGCGUAAAGAAGGAAAGCCUUUAGCAGAUGUAUAUUUAGAGGGAAGUGAUCAACAUCGUGGAUGGUUUCAAUCAUCUUUGUUGACGUCAAUUGCAGUAAAUGGCAAAGCGCCAUAUGGAGCUCUUGUUACUCAUGGGUUUGUAUUAGAUGAAAAGGGAGAGAAGAUGUCUAAAAGUCUAGGCAAUACUGUAGAGCCGAGCUUGAUUACUGAUGGUGGCGUAGAUAAAAAGAAAAAUCCUGCUUAUGGAAGUGAUGUACUUCGUUAUUGGGUUGCCAAUUGUGAAUACACAAGAGACGUUAGCAUUGGUCCCUCCAUUAUUGCUCAAAUUUCUGAUAAUUUACGUAAAAUUCGUACAACUGCAAGAUUUUUACUCGGAAAUCUUUACGAUUUUAAAGAAGAAUAUUAUGUUCCGUAUAAGGAGCUUCAGGAAAUUGAUAAAUAUAUGCUUUAUGAACUUUAUCACUAUAAUCAACGUGUGACUAAUGCUUAUGAUGAUUUUGCUUUUAACAAAGCUGCUCAAACGAUCCAAAACUUCACAAAUACAACACUAUCUUCAUUUUAUUUUGAUACCAUUAAGGACAGACUUUAUAAUGAACCUGAAACAUCAGAACAAAGAAGAAUGGUGCAGACUGUAUUAUAUGAGGUACUUCAAUCGUACACAAAAUCCCUUGCGCCUUUUAUUUGUCAUACUGCAGAAGAAAUUUAUGAACAGUAUAAAACAAUUACACCUAAGCCUGAGACUUCCAUUUUUAAGACAAGUUGGGUAGCAUCUAAACAAGAAUGGAAUGAUACUACAUUAAAUGACAAAUGGUCCAUACUUAUGAACCUUAAAGGGGAAGUUAACCAAAUUUUAGAAUCUGCUCGACAAGAAAAAUACAUUCGUUCUUCUCAAGAAGCUGAUAUAUCACUAUGUUUAAACAAAAAUACAAAGUUAGCUAAAAUCGUACAAUCUAUGAAAGCCUCUGAAUUAUCUUCUCUAUUCAUAACAAGUCAUGUAAAUAUUUUAACAGACCAAGAAUUAACACAAGGUGAAUUUGAACGAAAUUCAUCAAUUCAAGAUGAUAACUGUAAAAUAAUCCUUUCUAAAUCGAAACAAUAUAAAUGCCCUCGUUGCUGGAAUUAUCAUUCUAUAGAAGAAGAUAGUUUAUGUUUAAGGUGUUCAAAUGUACUAAAAUAAAAGUUCU